AUGCCCCCCAAGCCAGCCCAAGACGCCCCCACUAUGCCCGAGGCCCAAGGUCUUAAGUAUGAUGAAUCCGAAAUGGCCUUCUUCAUGGCCAGGCUAUCAUACCACUCCACGGCAGAGGAGCGCAUGGCGUCCCAAGACACCAAUUUGGCUUCGAUAUCGGAGGCACAAGCAAAGAUUUUGAAGCGCUGGGAUAUGCUGAGACAGACAGAAAAGGAAUUAGCAGAGAAGGGAAAAACUCUUUCCCCAACCGAUAAAAGACAGCUGACACAAUACGAGUGGAGGUUCAAACAGCUGGAGAAAACGGCGACCAAGACCACCAGCAGUUGA